GCGGCUCCCGAUGGCUCGUCCGCGGCCCCGAGAAUACAAGGCUGGAGACCUGGUGUUCGCCAAAAUGAAGGGGUACCCGCACUGGCCGGCCCGGAUUGAUGAACUUCCUGAAGGAGCUGUGAAGCCUCCAGCAAAUAAAUACCCCAUCUUCUUUUUUGGGACUCAUGAAACUGCGUUCCUGGGGCCCAAAGACCUUUUCCCAUAUAAAGAAUAUAAAGAUAAGUUUGGGAAAUCGAACAAGCGAAAAGGAUUUAAUGAAGGCCUGUGGGAAAUAGAAAACAACCCUGGAGUAAAGUUUACUGGAUAUCAGGCAAUUCAGCAACAGAGCUCAUCAGAAACUGAAGGAGAAGGAGGAAAUACAGCAGAUGCCAGCAGUGAGGAGGAAGGUGAUCGGGUAGAAGAGGAUGGAAAAGGAAAAAGAAAGAAUGAAAAAGCCGGCUCAAAACGGAAAAAAUCCUACACUUCAAAGAAAUCCUCCAAGCAGUCACGAAAAUCUCCUGGAGAUGAAGAUGAUAAGGACUGCAAAGAGGAAGAAAAUAAGAGCAGCUCUGAUGCUGGGGACGCAGGCAAUGACACAAGAAACACUUCUUCAGAUUUGCAGAAAACCAGUGAAGGGACUUAACCAACAUAAUGACUGCUGAAUAUUAAGGGAAAACUCAAGAAGGUUACAUGUUUGGUUGUCUAAUAUUCUUGGAUUUGAUAUGAGUCACCACAUCUGUUCAUUAGUAACAUCAACAGCAUCCCAGUUUGUAUGCACAUUAUUCACAUUCCUAUCUGUUGUGUUUGCAGAAAU